AUGUUGUUCGGCUACGACCAAGGUUUAUUCGGCGGUAUUCUUACGAAUGAAGCUUUUCUGGACCAGUUCAACCACGCUUCGCCAACGCUUCAGGGUCAGAUCGUGGCAUUAUACAAUGUGGGAUGCAUGCUUGGGUGUGUGGUGAACAUGAAGACUGGAGACAUACUCGGCCGGAAAAGGUCAAUAUUGCUUGGGUGUUCGAUCGUCAUCGUCGGUGCUGUCAUACAGACCGCAUCGUACGGCGUCGCUCAGAUGAUCUCCGGGCGUGUCUUCGGUGGCAUCGGUACGGGAAUUCUCACAACAUCGAUACCAAUUUGGCAAGUCGAGACCGCAAGUGCGAAGCAUCGAGGCGCUGCAAUCGUCUUCCAGCUUGUGGCUGUCAUCUUCGGAGGAGCCUUAGCCAGCUGGAUGAAUUAUGGCUUCACAUUCCUCCCGGGCCCAGAAGUGGGCUGGAGGUUUCCGAUUGCUUUCCAGGUCUUCGUCGCCGUGAUCACGAUCAGUCUCGUCAGCUUGUUACCGGAGAGCCCACGCUGGCCUAUUCAGAGAGACCGAACUGAGGAGGCAGCAGUCGUUAUCAGCCGGCUGCGAGCUAAGCAACGAUACGAUCCUGUCGUGUUGGCUGAGGUGUCCAUGGUUUCGGAAGCUGUCAAUGCCGAAAGAGCACAGCAAACCGGUAUAACGUUCCGCGAGGUCUUUCAGGGCGGGUCGAAGCAGACACUGCGACGCCUGCUACGAGGAAUGGGCACACAAUUCAUGCAGCAGACUGGGGGAACUAAUGUAGUGGCAACGUAUAUGCCGGUCGUGCUCACGCAGUCCUUCAACAUGAGCGCUCGCUUGGCACUCGUCUUGUCUGCCACGGUCUCGCACUGGUUGAUGAUCUGGGCGGCCCUCUGCUCCCUGGUGAUCGAUUCGGUGGGUCGUCGAAGGCUUAUGCUUUGGGGCACCUUUGCCAUGAGCAUCUGCUUUGCACUCAUUGCAUGCGGGUUGGCAGUCGACUCUGCUGCAUCGCUGAUCACGGCGAUCGCAUUCAUCUACCUCUACUACAUAGCCUACGGCCUGUCUUUGCUGUCAAUACCAUUCCUGUACGCGGCAGAGUUCAACUCACAGCGAUUCCAAAACCUGGGACCUUCAUUAGCCACCCUGACGAAUUGGACCACUUGCUAUAUUGUGGUAUCAGUCACACCACCUGGAAUCGCCAGCAUUGGUUGGAAAUACUAUAUGAUCUACGCCAUCACGAAUGCGGCCUUUGUGCCUCUAGUGUACUUCUUCUACCCCGAGACAGCGAGGCUUAGUCUGGAGGAGAUUAAUGAUGUCAUCGCACCCAAGCAUGGCGGCGACCACAGCAUCAGCUACAAGCAAGCGACCAAGGACGCCGUGGCUGCCAGGGUAUCACCAGAAGAAGAAGCAGUCAAAUUCAAGCUGGAUGGCGACGUCGACAGGAUCGAGUUUGCGCCAGAGGAGAAGUCGUAG